AUGCCUUCUAAGCUAUUCUUCCAACCUCAACUCACGGUUCCAUCUCAGGAGAAGGGAAGAAGGGGCUCUUGGCGUGAAAAGUUGAGAUGGUCCUCCAGGUCUAGGGAAUCAUCCCGAAACCGACCUGAACGAGAACAACACCUUGACUUGGAGUCGUCAGAAAGCCAUGUUGCUGCGUCCGGCCACAAUGAGAAUGCGCCUACCCUCGUGGCGUCCAACCCGCCAAUCUCAUCAAGGAUACCCCGCGCCGAAAUUCGAAAUACUAUCAUUCAGGACGACAAGGCUACAGCUAGAUCUACAGAUCUGUGGAGCGCCGCAUACCUCGAGGCACUCUACAGUUUUGGGAACGAAGUGAAGAGCGUGAUCUUGAAGGGCGAGAAGAUUGAGGCACUCCUAACAAGCGUGCAACAGACCAACAAAGAACUUGCAGGUGAUUCACUGUUCUGGCGAGGGCUGCAGAGAUUGCAAGCGCCGCUGAAGAACUUCAAAUUGGCCUUGGACCUGGCCAGUCCUCUUGCGAGUGUCCAGCCUACUGCAUCAACGGCCAUUGGAGUUGUGAGCUGUGUGACUGCAAUUGCUAUUACCAUAUGUGGUGCUGAGGACUCGCUGAAUACUCAGAUCAUCAGCAUGCUGGAACACGUCGCGAUUAUCGACGAUUGUGACACCCUCGGUCAGAAGUUAGACGCUGAGAACGGUAUUCAUAAGGCCCUCGUUCCAGUGUAUAAAGAUCUCUUGAACUUUUACAUUGCCGCACUGGACAUAUUGACCAGCAAGGCUUUUGUGCUUGCACUAGUUUGUGACCAGCUCAGCCAGCGCCUACCGACAAUUGUCUCAGACUUUGUCAAGCACGCCGCUCUUCUGCGUGACAGGGUCGGGAAUGCAACAUUGGAGCUUGUCACGGAUAUCAAGAAGCUGCUCCAAGACAAUAAGAUCCAAAAGCUCCUGGGCGUCAACAAAGACAAACAACGGAGUGAGUUCCACUCUGAGCUUCGUGCAAUUCGAGCCAGUGACGCUUGCAAAUGGAUACUGGCGGAUCCCAAGUUCAUCGAAUGGUACAAUGCUCCAACUUCGGGCCAAUUGGUCGUUCUUGGCCACAUGGGUUGCGGCAAAACCGUCAUUACAGCACACGUCAUUGAGGAGCUGAUCCGCCGAAACAAACACAAAUUACCUCGUCCUGUUAUGUGCUACCACUACUGCGGAAACGACGAAAGAGGAAAGGCACUCUACAUCUACUCGAGCCUGCUCCUUCAAUUGCUCGAUCAGCAAGAAGGCCUCAAGGUCGAGUUCGACAGGUGGUACGACAGGACCAAGCAAUCAGAACACUUGGAUCCGGAACAGUGUUCCGCGGACCUGGGAAAGUUCUUGUCUGCCUGUGUCGAGAAUCUCGACAGAGAACUGUUUGUCGUCAUUGAUGCUCUGGACGAGUGUGACAGUGAUUCACGGGACGAGUUGGUCAUGCUGCUCGACAGCCUGUCAAACAAGACGCAGAGACUGAAAGUCUUUCUCUCGUCCCGGCCUCAGAGAGGCAUCGAAGAAUCUCUACAGGGAGCCACACAUAUUCGCUGGAGUCCUAGUCGAGAGCGUGAUGCAAUCAUCGUAGGACACACUGUAAAGAGGUAUCUCAAGAAACUCCCUCCGGACAUUCAGUCCCUUGUGACCCAAACGCUCUCCGAAUCGGCACAGGGGAGCGCAAUCUGGGUCAAACUCACGAUCCAACUUAUCCAGAAGCGCAAGAUAGAAGCCAUCGGCCCAAUGAAAAGUUUCUUGGCAGAUAUUCCUUCUCCAGCGGAGCUCUCGCAACUAUACGGCAAAUUGUUUGCUCACGCAACUGAAAACGAUGCUGCCAAUGCGCAAGUCGCCACGAGCGCACUGCAGAUUCUAGCAGUCGCUCGAAGACCCCUCAGCAUACUGGAAUUGGGUUGGGCUGUAGCAUUGAGCGAUCCUCGCGCAGAUAUCCGGACCUUGGUGCAGCUCGAGGCCUGUGUGGAUAAAAGGAGAGUGUUGAACCUGCUGCAGCCCUUCUUAUCUCAGGUUGACUUUGAGGAUGACAGAAAACGACAGGUUAGACUUGUGCAUCAAUCCUUGAAGGAGCUGGUUCUGCGAGAUGCUCCUUCUCAUUGGGCCCGGUCGCAAACCACUGAGAGGGAGUCGCAGACCGAUAAGCAACGCUUCCACCUGCGACAGUCCAAACUGGAAGCAAAUCUGCUACGCGUAUGCGUCAAAUAUCUUCUCUUUGAUGAAUUUGAUGAGAACAACCUUUUCUCCGACGAACAAGAAACAAUACAGAGCCUCGAGGAGAUGCCCGGGUUCGCAUCAUUUGACCUUUUCAGUGAUGAUAUCCAGCAACCUGUCCCUUCUAAGGCCAGUCUAAUUCUCGAAGACGAGGAAGAGGCCAAAGAGGCCAAAGAGAUCUAUUACGACCCUGCAGAACGUGGUUUCGGAGAAUUUUAUGUCUACGCAUCUUGCUUCUGGCUAGAUCACUUCAAAGUGGGUAGACCAGAACUUUUGCCAUACAUUUCGGAUAUCGUUAAGCUCUGCAAUGCGAGCUCGAAAAGGCUACAAAACUGGAUUGGGCAGAUGUGCCGCCCGGACUGCACGGUCACGCCAAAAUUCGGUUAUGACAGCCUCUCCCAGGAUCCGCUCACUGUUGUGUCCUUGCAUGGGCCCGCGAUCGCACUAAAAACGCUCCUGGAAGACGACAAGGUUGACUUGGGAAGCAAGGAAUUUCUUGUCGACUCUGUCAAGCAAGCCGUCAAGCAAAUCAUCCAGUGGGGUGAUAUCUCCCGGCUAUCCAUCCUCUUUCGCGAUACUCGAGUUGGCCCAGAGAUUCGAAACAUCGGGAUCUUUCACCAGAUCAUGACGCAGUGGGCUUCCUCGGACAAGGAAUCGAGACCAUGGCCAGGCUCCUUUGAUCUUGUAUUCGACAUUUGCGAUGAUGUCUUGAUCAGGGGGAAAUGGGGCAACGAACUCUUGUGUCUGGCCGUGAGUUGUGGUUGUCUCCCAAUGGUCAAAAGACUCUUUGAAGAGGCGGCCCGGAAACCAGCCAUGAGAAACGAAAUUCUGCGAGAUGUACAACGAGACAUUAGGCCUCCGGAUUAUCACCAGUCUGUUGGCGAAGCGGUCUGGCACAACCACAUCGAAGUCCUUCGUUACCUGCUGCAACAAGAAGGCAUAGAGGUCCAUCUUCGGCAUCGCGACUCUGAUGGAUACAACGUCAUCCAUAGGGCAGCGCGCUGGUGCAACCCCGAGGUAGUGUCUCUCUUAAUUUCACACUUCCCGGAAGGUGUAAACCAACGCAACAAGCAUGGCGACACACCGUUACACCUGGUGGUUUUUGGGGCCCAGGGGAUGGAUGGACGGCUAGAGUCAGCGAAGAUCUUGUUGAUGGAGGGCCAUGCGAAUGUGAGAGGAGGGCACACGGAUGAGCCUAGCAGCUGGGGAGAACCACUUCGAAUGGCUGCAAGGUACGGUGACGUAGCGAUGUGCCGUGUUUUAGUGGAAGUUGGCGGUGCUAACCCUCGAAGUGUACUGAGAGUCGAAGAUGAGCGCCCCGAGUUGAUGGAUCCUGUGGAUUUCAAGGAACUGGCACCCGACGUUUUGGAAACUUUGUGCUCGCUUGCCGGUAUGGAUCGCUAG